GGGUGGGGGUGGGGGGACGCCACUUCCGGCCCAUCCAACUACCUUCUGACGUCCCGCCUAAUCCCGCCUUCUCAGAACAGCCCCCACAGCCACUUCGCCACAGCCCACUUCCGGCUCCCUUGCAAACCGGACGGCCGACAACUACGCCGAACUCCCGGUCACCCCAGGGACUCCCCCCAAGGGCAGCAAAGCCGCUGCUGCCUGCUCCUCAGCCUACCAGCCCUCAGCGCCUUCAGCUUCCGGCUCGCUGUGCCCGGCUCGCUAUGGCUGCCCCUGAGCCCUCACAAGUGCGUCACAACUACGACUCCAUCUGUGAGGCCGCUCUCAACAACCACAUCCACCUGCAGCUCUACGCCUCCUACGUGGCCCUGUCCAUGGCCUUCUACUUCAACCGCGACGACGUGGCGCUGAAGGGCUUCACCCGCUACUUCCUGCAGCGCUCACAGAUCGAGAGGGAGCGCGCGGAGAAGUUGCUGAAGCUGCAGAACCAGCGCGGAGGCCGCAUCGCCAUCCGUGAUGUCCAGGAGCCUGACCGCGACGACUGGGAGGGCGGCCUCCAGGCCAUGGAGAGCGCCUUCUACCUGGCCAAGAGCAUCAACCAGAGCCUGCUGGAGCUGCACCAGCUGGCCACCGCCAGGGGCGACGCCCACCUCUGCCACUUGCUGGAGACCAACUACCUGGACCAGCAGGUCCAGGCCAUUGAGGAGCUGGCGUGCCACCUGACCAACCUGCGCGGCUUGGGGGCCCCAGACGUCAACAUGGCGGAGUACCUCUUCGACAAGCUCACCCUGGGCCAGGGCGACAAAGAGAACUGAGCAGACUGUCCCCACUGCCACGGGGUGACGCCCCCAGGCCGGAUCGGCGGAUGGAGCUUCCCGCAGUUCCCCUCAGUUUCUUCCCUUCAGUUUGAGCAUUGUUGACAAUAAAGUUUUGCG